UUCUUAAACAAAAUACAUAAUUUUCCAUCCUCAAUAUAUUUAAUUAUUCAAUAAAUUAUUAAUUAAUUAACUUUUUUUCAUCAUUAUUAUUUUCCUUUAAUUACGUUCGGACAUACUGAGGAAAGUUAGCAACCCCUAAAUUAGUUUUUAUUUUUUUAACUUAUCAAAAACUCCACAUUUCACAUUUUCUCAAGAAUCUCAUUACAAUAAAGCUUAAAAAUUCAAUCUUUUCCCCAUAAUUUCAGUCUUUUAAUUCUGAAAAAAAUCUUAAAAUUUUCAACAAAAAAUUCUGAUCAUUUCCAUCUUCAUUUCUGUUUAGCUUUCUUGUUUUCUUCUAAGCUCUGUUUUUCUGGUUAGACUUCAAAAUUAGCACUAAUUAAGCUUUUUUUGAGAAUUUUUUCUUCAUUGAAGGAAAAUUAUGGGGUUUUGAAGAAAAAAAGAGGGAAAUUUUUAAUUUUUUUUUGGCUAUGGAGGGGAGUAACAGUGGAGUUACAGUAGUGGGAUCAGAUGCUCCAUCAGAUUACCAUGUGGCAGCAAGGACCACUGAGAAUCCGACAACACAGACAGUGACAUCCCAGGUUGUUGUUGUUUCACCAACGCCGGCAACAGCUGUGUCUGCCGGCGCCGGCUUAACAGCUCUGAGUGUGAAGAAGAAGAGAGGCAGACCAAGAAAGUAUGCACCAGAUGGGUCUGUAAAUGUUCUUUCCCCAAAGCCAAUUUCAUCAUCUGCACCGUCGCCGGUGAUUGAUUUUUCGUCGUCGGAGAAAAGGGGGAAAAUCCGGCCAGUUGGGUUAGUUAGUAAAAUACAUCAGCAACCUAAAGUUGAUUUAGAAACUCCAGGUGAAUGGGUUUCAUGCUCUGUUGGUGCUAAUUUUACACCUCAUAUUAUUACUGUAAAUACUGGAGAGGAUGUCACCAUGAAGGUUAUAUCAUUCUCUCAACAAGGGCCUCGAGCAAUAUGCAUUCUUUCAGCAAAUGGUGUAAUUUCAAGUGUUACACUUCGUCAACCAGACUCCUCUGGUGGCACAUUGACGUAUGAGGGCCGGUUUGAGAUACUGUCUUUGACUGGAUCAUUUAUGCCAUCAGAGACUGGAGGAAUGAGAAACAGAUCUGGCGGAAUGAGUGUCUCCCUAGCAAGCCCUGAUGGGCGUGUUGUAGGGGGUGGAGUAGCCGGUCUAUUAGUAGCUGCCAGUCCUGUGCAGAUUGUUAUAGGCAGCUUUCUUGCUGGAGACCAACAUGAACAGAGAACCAAGAAAAACAAACUGGAGCCUAUUAUUGCUGCUGUUCCUCUACCCGAGACGGAAGACCCUUAUCACUCCUCAGUAAAACAAACUACACCAACUUCCUCUUCUUUCCGCGUAGAUAAUUGGUCAGCCCCUGAUUCUAGGAAUAAACCAGCUGAAAUAAAUGUAACUCUUCCAGCAUAGGGUGAAAUUUGAAUGUGAUUUUACUAGACCAUAAGUCUACGCGUCUUUAACGAAGUUCCUAUUGAUCUUUCUCACCUCCUAUUUGAUGUUUGUUUGAGGUCUCUGUGCAGUAAUCUAAACAAGUUUUCUAGAUAGCCUUUGCUAUUCUGGUGUUUGGCUGUAGAGUUUUAGAUUUAUGAUGUUUUCGUGACGCUUUGGUUACGAAGGUUACCACGGUCUAGGUUCUUAGUGUUUUAAUGGUUUAUGUCUAGUUUUAACAGGCAUAUUCAUCCUCUUAAUUAAAUGCCACAUUUUGUACUUUGAACCAUUUUAUUGUGAUUUUUAAUUUAGAUUCAUCCAAAUC